AUGGUUCUUUAUUUCCUGAUCAAUUACACGUUGGCAGAGCAAUUGCCAUCGGAAGGAGCAAAAAUCAAAACGCGAGUGGAGUUCACCAACUUCCAAUGUACAUCGUUGGAUAAGGAGUUUACGGAUUUUGAGUAUUGCAAAAUAAAAGCCAUCAAUCGAACUUAUAAAUACGUUUCCACAAAAGUACUUCUGUUCAAAGUUCCUAUAACAAGAGUUAGGGUAAAUUUUGCAUUAUAUAAACGCUUGAAUGGCUAUAGACCUUUUUUAUACAACAUAUCCGUUGAUGCGUGUAAAUUUUUAAAGAACCGAAAAGCCAAUCCCAUCACCAACUACUUUUUUGACUUUUUUAGGGAAAUCUCCAAUAUGAAUCAUACGUGUCCCUUCGAUCACGAUCUUGUUGUGGAAAAGCUUACAACGGAGAGCAUCAAUCGAAGAAUGACCACUAUGCUGGCGUUUCCCGAAGGUGAUUAUAUGCUCGAAAUGCACUGGAUUGCUUAUGAUAUCACCCGGGCCAUUGUAAAAUUAUAUGUUUCAUUAAUGUGA